UGGAAACCCACCGAACGCACCUCACAGACUCUGGAAACAGCUCCCGCUCCUCGCAGCUCCAUGAAUGAGCUGUUUUCAGAAGAAGAAGAAAAAAAAAAGACGUCUCCCGGAUUUGCAGCUGGAGAAAGACUCAAAAGAGUCCAACGCGUUUUUGUGGAGCGGCGCUCCGACUUUUCAAGAAAAAAAACCCAACAAACACUGGACGGUAAACAGAGCGGGUUAAACUUUUUAAUUUUGCAGAUAAAUUAGACUACCUAAGAAAAAAACUUCAACUCACUUCAGCGACGCGUGAAGAUAUGUUCAAGAAAACCAAGAGUAAAGUGCUGGUGGAUUAUGCGUCAGAGGAGGACGACAUGUCCUGGCACUAUCAUCACUCCUACAAGGACAAAGACAUAGAAGGAGAGGAAGAGGACGAAGGAGCCGUCACUGCAGUCUCCAAGGAGGCCAAGGUAAAGAAGAUCAUGUCCAAAAAAGAAAGGAGGGAGAAGAAGAUGUUCUCUUCCAAAGAUGAUGAGCACUUUCUGCUGACCGGAGUGAAGCUGGCUGAUCGUAAAGGGCCGCAAAAGAAAAUCAAGGAUGACGACAAGGAGAAAGAAAAGGAGAAGAAGGAGAAGGAGAAGAAAGACAAAACAGAAAAGGGCUACUGUUUCUGGGAAAACGUUUCGAUGACAAUGAGGCAAAUCUCUCCCACCAAAAAACUGGAGAAGAUGGAGGGCUGGGAGCCGCCACACUUGGGGAACGUAACCGAGACCAUGACUGCUGAACCCGCUGAGGAGAAAGGGGACUCUGCGGUGUCCCUCCCCGACUCUAUUAAUGUUCCGUUGGAAACGCCCAUGUGGGCCGGGCAGGGCCUGGAGGAGGACUCCUCCCGUUACGCUAACCUUUCGGACUCCAACGACACAUCUGCUGGCGUGAGGUGGACGGCCCGUGCCAAAGUGAAGCUGGCCGGCAUCAGCAGGAUGAGUAGAGGGAUUGUGUCGGAGAGUGCGUGGGGGGGCUUUAAAUAGCAGCGUUAGCCUUUAUUUACAAGGAGGAUGACAAUCUUGACCAAAUAUCUGCUUGUUUCUAUAGUUUAGCUUAAAUAAUUAAAUAAAACAACACAUUAACACCAUAGACUGCGUUGGAAAAAAAAAUGGACAAAGUCAUCCAAUAUCAAGCCAGUGCCAAACUGCUUCAAGCUUGCCAGAAGGAACUAAAGAUGGGUACUCCCUCUAGACCGCGGGAACCUAAAUGAAGUCUACCAAAAUGUCCCUUCAUUGACCCGCCUACAGUUUCACUUCAGGAACCAGGAACUUAACAGCAUUCAGGGGUUUAUUUUAAACCCUCAAAACAGCCCUGGGUGGGGUUUGCAGUGCAAAACAUUUCCACUCGGUCAUGCAUUCCCAGCAUUAUGUGUCUGCCUUCCGUCUCAGUCAUUUCACGUUGAAUACCUAAAACAAAAUCCAGUUCAUUCUAAGAUCUUAGUAACGUAAAUAUGGCAUUUAAAAUGAGCCAACUCUACUUGCUUUACUCAGCUGGACAGACACAACACACAUGGUGAGCUGCAUGUUAUAAUUGGAUAACUGUAGCAAAGAAGUGCAGCAGAGCAGAGAAACAUCAAUCUGUUAUUGCAUCAAAGUGGUUAUCUACUUACACUCCAGUCCUGGAGUGUCGCUUUCAAAAAAUGCCAAAUUCUCCCAUGAAAUCCUAAGAUAAUUAAUUUUCCGACAAGUCCUUAUGUUGUCUUUAGCAAAAUACUCUUUUCCAGUGUCCUGUUGGUAACUUUAAAGUCAAGAGAGACUGAGACUCGCAGACACGUGGCUGAUGUAAAAUGACUUUUUCCAUCUUUUAUUUAGAGUCUGUGGUUAAAAUACUGAGAUGAAGUAGUGAAUCCCAGAAUAUUACUUAUGAUUUUUUUUUUUUUAGAUUAGAAGAAAAUGAGUUAUCUUUUUUUUUUUUUUUAAGAAAAUAGUUACUUACUUGUGAAUCAGUGGCAAAAAACUCUAAAUUUGACCAAAUUAAAGCCUUAAACUACUGUACCAUCUUAACUGUGAUUUCCAUUGUCCUGACAUUUAAAUGUGUGACAUUACCCAAAAAUGAGAAGAAAGAGAUGUUUGUGACUGCUGUUGUAAAGAAUUAACUUGGAAUAUGCAAACGUGCUACUGAAGGUUGUUUUUGCUGGUAUUCAAUUCUAUUUUAACUUUACUGAUACAGAACCUGAGCAAAGCUGUCUGAAGCCUUAUUUUAAAUGUCUAAAAUGGGUUGUGCAAUCAUGAAACAGCUAAUGAAAUUUUGGCAUCUCAAAUACAAGUCUGUGUGUGUGUAAGCGUGCAACGUUGCUGGUGGAUGGUUGUUUUAGUAAACCUCUCCUGGUAUUGGAAAGGCAUUCUGAACUGCUGCUGUAGUGGGAGUAUUGGAGUUGAUGCAGCGCUUAAAAGUCAGCAUUUACAAUUUGUCUUUACACUCUUCCAACCUCUAGUAUCCAUCCCAUAUGACAGCAAUGUGGCUUAAAGGCAGAAAAGUGAAUCAUAGAUUGAUUGUUAAAAAGUGAUGAUGAAUAUUUGUAAAGCUGAUGAUGCUGGAAAGCCCCAUCCUCCUGUUCUCUUUAGAAUAAGCUUUUGUCUUCACCGAUGUUGUGCCUUGACCCAAUGAAGUGGCACCCCGAGUUUGCUGGAAAUCUGAAUGCAACCAAAACCCCUUAUGCAGAUCCACUGGAAGUCGGGAUAUUUACAGGUUUUGAGCUAGAAACCAACUUUACCCGCAGUAACAGCAGAGGGGUUCUUCAAACAGGUUUUUUUUUUUUUUUUUUUUUUAAUGCUGUGUGGAUAUCUGUAUAUUGAAUAAAACAAGAUUUCUGAGUCUUUUCUUUGAAGUUAAUAUAAAACUUGUUUGCUUAUGUUUACUGAAUUAGUAUAAUGAAGUCUUCACAGCCUGAGGCAUACACAGACACAUGAUUUAAAGUGCUGGGUCACCUUAAAUAAAGA